GCUGCGCAUUCCGCGUUUCUCCGCCUCCAAGUUCCUGCCGCUCUGUUUUUCCUGCUGCUGGUUCAGACUUCCUGUCCCGAGAAGUCCGACUCGGUGCACUUUUUUUUUUCUUCUUCUACGCGUGAAGCUCCAGCAAAGUCAGAGAUCCAAAAUUCCAGUGUCAUCUAAGUGGAGAGGCAGACCCUCAUUCUGUCUGCUUGGGGAGCAGUCCUAGUAGCGACAUGGACAGACAGACCCUGAGGUUUGGAAAAGUACUAAUGGCUUUCCGCCUGGGUUGGAAAAAUUCCAGAAGCCAAUGGCGUUUGCUGCAGACUGUGAGCGGUGGGGUCCCCCUGUUUCCCUGGAGGACAGCAGGGAGCUGUUUGGACCCUGAGAUGAAAGCCUACCUGGAGGAGAAUACUGAAGUCACCAGCAGUGGCAGCCUUACCCCUGAAAUCCAGUUGCGGCUUUUGACCCCCAGGUGCAAGUUCUGGUGGGAAAGGGCUGACCUGUGGCCCUACAGUGACCCCUACUGGGCAAUCUACUGGCCAGGAGGCCAGGCCCUCUCUAGGUAUCUUUUGGAUAACCCUGAUGUUGUUAGAGGAAAGUCAGUCUUAGAUCUUGGGAGUGGAUGUGGAGCUACAGCAAUCGCUGCUAAGAUGAGCGGAGCAUCAGAGAUCUUGGCCAACGACAUAGACCCCCGUAAGGACUGCGUGUUUUAAAACAUGUAAAGCUCACCACUUCCCUUUCAGGAUGUAUCAAGAUAGCUUAUUGCCUUGUUUGUAAUCUGAUAUUGUGAGUUAUGUUCAGUGGGACAUUAUCUGGGGUCUGACUGACAGUGCAUUUUCUCAAGAGGAACUGAUGUAUUUGCAGAAGGAUACAAACAUGGGGUCAUGUAUGCUAGCUUCUGGGUUGAGAAUUCCAUGAAAUGUGUAAGUAAUAUUUAUUUGACACAAAAUUCGAGUAAAGAUAAGCUUGUGUCUUUAGAGGAUAAUUUUUUACGUCAGUAAGACCCAAGUUUUUGGGUAUGGCAGAGGCAGGUAGACUCCAGAGUCCCAGGCCAGCUAGGGCUACAAGAUGAGACCCUGUCUCAAACAAAAUGGAAGGGAGGAAGGGAGGGAGAACAAAGGCCUACAUGGCCGGGCGAUGGUGGCGCAUGCCUUUAAUCCCAGCACUUGGGAGGCAGAGGCAGGUGGAUCUCUGUGAGUUCGAGACCAGCCUGGUCUACAGAGCUAGUUCCAGGACAGGCUCC